AUGUUUAGGUUCACUGCUAGCAGUUCAUUUACUUCAUCAUGUGGAAAACAGUUCUUCUUGAGCAAUUCAAUACAUAUCCAAAGCAAACCUCUAAGGGCCUCCAUACUGGGAUCGAGGACGUUGUUGGCUGGAGUUCAAAAGCUGAGUAAAAUAUCGAUUCCGAAUACAGCUACAAGAUUCUUCUCACAGAAUGGACAGGUCAAAGCAAGAUGGGGCGAUGCAUUUGGUCGGAGUGCUGGCGAGCGUUACGCCAGAUUGAAUCGAUUUCAGAUAUAUCAGGGCAAUCAAGGCGGCAGAAAGAAUAGCAUCGGGCAAUUGACAAUAAUUGGACUCUCAGUGAUGGGUGGUGUUUUCUUCCUAUCUCCCUACGUCUUCCAGUACAUUCCGCCGUUCACUUACUUUAGACACAACCCAUCGCACCUGGUUUAUGGGCUUCUGGGGAUCAAUGCUGCUGUGUUUGGCUUGUGGCAACUGCCCAAGUACUGGAGAUUCUUACAGAGAUAUAUGCUACUUGAGAAAGAUCACAUUUACAGCAAAUGGUCCUUGGUGGGAAGUGCAUUUUCGCAUCAAGAGUUCUGGCACCUCGGUAUGAACAUGCUGGCAUUGUGGUCGUUUGGUACUUCGCUAGCCUCCAUCCUAGGCGCUUCAAACUUCUUCUCUCUCUACAUGAAUAGUGCCCUAGCCGGUUCGCUGUUUUCGCUGUGGUAUCCUCGGAUAGCGCGCCUGGCAAUGACAGGUCCCAGUCUGGGUGCUAGUGGAGCGCUGUUUGGCGUCUUUGGCUGUUUCUCAUACCUGUUCCCGCACGCAAAAAUCUUGUUGUUUGUAUUUCCCAUUCCAGGUGGUGCCUGGAUAGCCUUCCUUGCGGCCACCGCCUGGAAUGCCGCCGGCUCUGUCUUUCGGUGGGGUUCCUUCGAUUAUGCUGCACACCUGGGUGGAUCUUUGAUCGGUGUCCUCUAUGGCUGGUACAUCGGUGAGGUAGCUAAGAAGCAAAGAGAAAAGCGUUUGCAGGCGCUUUCCAGCUGGUUUUGA